GGAGGAUUUGACCUCUGAACCUGGCUUGUCCUGCAAUAGUUGGGCUGCUAACCCUGCGUUCACUCUGCCACGGCAUGAAGAUGCGUUUGUAGUGCUGGAUUGAAAACACGGCAGCAGACACACCAGCAACCACUCCAAGCACAAUAGCGUAUUCUCGGGUUAAAAGGAGCCUCUUCUUCGACAAUAGUUAGCCGCUGCUGAACAGUCCAGUUGCGAUCGCAUUGAGAUUUUAUAGUAGCCACCCAGCAGAGACGAGCGCUAAAGAAAUGAAGGACAAACAAAAGAGAAAGAAGGAGCGGACCUGGGCCGAAGCUGCUCGCAUGGUCCUGGAGAACUUCUCUGAUGCACCCAUGACUCCUAAACAAAUCCUCCAUGUGAUCCAGACCAAGGGGCUGAAGGAAAUGAGAAGUGGGACAGCUCCUCUGGCCUGCCUGGUCACCAUGCUGCAUUCUCAAGUGAGGGGAGACCGGGUCAAGAACAGCAUCUUCUUCAAGCUUCCUGGUCGAAUGAGCCUGUUCACACUCAAGAAAAAUGCCCUCCAAUGGACAAAGCCAACAUCAGAGUCAGAAGCUGCUUCGGAGCCAGUCGGAAAUGCUGCUCACCCAGCUUCAAGCAGCAGCACCCCAGUGGCGGGAUCCGCCGUGUCCCUCGUUGACUCCAGCGAAACCAUUGAACAGGAGAGCUGUGACUCCUCAGAGACGACUGUAACAGCAAUUAUAGACAAUGACGCGUCAGUGGAUGAGAAUUCAUCCAGUGCAUCCUGCUCCACCGAGCUGCAGACUCAAAGCAGCCACCCUCAGACACGCCUGAGCAGGGCAGCCGGACAGCAGGGGCGCACAGAUGCUCAGCAAAGCCAACACGCUCAGACCAGACUGAGUCGUUCAAGACAGUCAGGAAGACAAAGAAAGAAAGCCGUCAUGAUGCCUCGUGUUGUCCUGACUCCCCUUAAAGUCAAUGGAGAGCAUGUGUCCACAGGGCCCAUGAAGAGAAGUCGUGGAGGUGUAGAUAUAGACUUUGAAACGCCUGGUUCCAUUCUUGUCAACACCAACAUCAGAGCCCUCAUCAAUGUGCGGACCUUCUCAGCUUUCCCUUCACAUUCACAGCAGCAGCUGCUCCAGCUGUUGCCUGAGGUGGAUCGACAAAUUGGACCUGAUGGUAUGGCCCGACUGAGUACUUCAGCUCUUAACAAUGAGUUCUUCACCCAUGCCUCUCAGAGUUGGAAAGAAAGGCUUGCUGAAGGUGAAUUCACCCAUGAAAUGCAAGUCCGUUUCCGACAGGAAAAGGAGAAAGAGAAGAAGGUAGAGGCAUGGAAAGAGAAAUUUUUUGAAGAAUACCAUGGGCAAAAGUCUGGCCUAACACGUGACGAGUCCCUGAAGCUGACCAUGAGUGAAACCAAUGAAGUUGCAGGCGCUGUGCUGGAAAGCGAUGCUGAUGUGGUCUCAGCAGGCGUCCCCAAAAGACGGAGUGUGGGUCGACGUAGGAGAGAUGGCCGGAUGAGGAGACGCACACGGGCUGACCUGCGUCGCAGGGCUCGCCGGACCCUUUGCAAGGCAGGCCCAGCUCUUCAGUCCAAAGAAACUAGUGCUGACACUAGUGCUGUAUUGGACAUAGCAGCAGUUUCUGUUGACUCUCCAACAUCUAACAACACAGUUGUUCAAGGAGAGGUAGUGCUCCAUGUUGACUGUGGUGUGGAGCUCCCAGAUGAGAGUACCGUGACAGAGCCGAAGGCUUCUCCUGAACCAGAACCAAUGACAGUUCCUACUCCCCUUCCAAGUCCUAGUCCAAGCACAGCUUCCACCAGUGCAAAUGAAGACCCCGAAGUUACUCCUUCUAUGCUCCCCAAAGAAGCUGCCCCCGUUCUGGCUUCCACCACCUCUCCAUCUUCCUCAUCCAGUUCUUCCUCUUCACCUGCCUCCUCACCUACCUCAUCGCCCUCUUCUCCUGAACAGCAGGGAGCUUUUGCCACGGGUCUGGACUCUUCAUCCUCCUCUGGAUCUUCCAGUGCAACAGUUCCUGUUGAUCCCUUAGAUGAUACAGCCUCUGUGGUUACCUCUGUCACCGGGGGGACUGUCACUAGCAGCCGUGAAAGCAGUCCAUCAGCUAGCCCAGCCACCACCCCCAUGCUCAUCACCCAGCUUAAGGAACAGAAGAGAAGGCAAGAUGAGGUUGAGGCUUUCUCCAGCUUUCCCGAAAAAAGGGCACGUCUUAAUGACCGUCGGUCCUUUCGUACCACAAUUGACAGUGUCUGUUCAGAGAAGCCGCAGCCGACAACCGAAGAACCCAAGGUGCCACCUAUCCGGAUUCAACUUUCCAGAAUCAAACCUCCCUGGGUCAAAGGGCACCCCACCUACCAGAUCUGUCCCCGCAUUGUGCCCCCGACCGAAUGCUCGCGGAGGUCGGGGACGGGCGGCGCGCGGACACUGGCAGACAUCAAGGCCCGUGCCCAGCAAGCCCGUGCCCAGCGCGAGGCUGCUGCUGCAGCCUCUGGCGAGGGGUCAGGGGCGACCGGUGUCCGGCUGUGGGCUUCUGCUGGGUUAUCGGAUAGCAGCAGCGAACGAAGAACACGAGAGCAUCCAGGACCAGUCGAGCCCGGAGGAGGCGGAGGAAGAGGAGAUGGAGGAAGAGGAGGUAACGGGAUUGAGGAGCAGGAAUUUUCUUCGGAAGCUAAUUCGUCUGGAACACAACUACAGCUUCUCGAUGUAGAAGCUACAUCCCAGCCAUCUCCUUCAUUGUCAAAUACAUCGGCUUCCAUGUCCCCACAAGCCACAAGUCCUCACCAACACAGACCAGGCACGACCACAAAGGUUCAAGCGGAUAUAGAGGAGACGUCCGCCAAUCCUCUGAGCUCCUCAAAUGGCUUACCAGAUGGGGAUUUUCCAGUUCCCCCAGAGCCUGACGCUAAAUCUGAGUCAUCAGCCUCCAUGUCAGCCAGAGAAAGCCCGACGCCCGAAUCUACUGCUGCCUUUCCUGAAAUGACUGAACCAAGUUGUGAAAAACUUGCCCUGACCCAGACUUCAAUCCCAGAUUCCUUUCCCAGGUUUGGGGCUCAUGGUGUGGAUGUUAUUCAGACACUGAGCUCUUGUCAAAGCAAAGGGCAAGAAAAGGGGAGCGAGGUUGGACUGGGUGGUGUUAUCCAUCACAGCUCACACCAUUUGGACCCACAAGAGGAAUUUUCUCAAUCAGCCAAAUGGUCAACAACCGCGUCCUCUCCAAAACGUGUCGAGAUUCUUAAUGUUUUCCGACAGAAGGACGACGAAGAGGGCGCCCACAGUGAUUCAACAGAAACGGCUUCAGACUGUGAAAAUGAGAGCCAGGAGGAUGAGCAGCAGCAGUAUCCUGACCCUAACUGGAGCUCCCAGCUGAGCUCCCAGCGCAAUGGCCAGUUGGUCAUCUGUAGCCUUCCUCCUCAAAACCAGCAGCAAGUCAUUCAGGGCUACUUGUCUAGCCACAAAGGUCAGACUGUCAUUCAACCUUGCUUCUCCAAAGGCCUGCCUCAACUGCAAGACAAUCAUUCCCAAGACCACCACCCUCUUAGUCCUGGUCCUCAAGGGCAAAAGGAAAACAACGUUGCUGUCAAGGUGGAAAUUGGAGAAGACUGUCAAAGCUCUAAAGAAAGCUCUACCGAAGGGGAGUGUCGUGGACCUUCAAAGUCUCCUGUCACUCAGCCAAAUGGUUCAGCUGCCUCCAAAAGACUGACUAACUCAGCCAGGUCUGUGUCCUCUGUGGAGGCCAACAACCCUUUGGUCACACAGUUACUACAAGGCAGUCUGCCUCUUGAGAAAGUUCUACCACCACACACUGCAACUAGGCUCGCCUUUAGCAUAUUGCCAGGUCAACCGACAAGGCCACCAGAAUCUAGGAACCUUGAAGCUGGCCACAGGUCUGAAUAUUCUGGCCAGUGUCCUACUCCAGAUUCGACUCCCAGCCUUAACAAGUCACCCCCAGCCAAUCCGGUCUCCUGUAUGAUGGGUGCCCCAGACGUACCUCAGUAUCAGUCCCAAUUGGCUGCUGGGGCUGUCCCCGUCAUCACCCCCCUGCCCCCUUCUUCCACUUCUUUGUCAUCCAAAAGCAAGUCAGAAGGGGUUUCCCUGGCUGCUGUGGAGUCUAGAGUUAUUAAAGAGUAUUGUAGUCAUCAACUUUCACAGAGGAACACUCCAGACAGGGUCCAACAAGCUGAUCAAAUUAUGUCCAACGGACCCUCCGCCCCUACAGAAACCUACCGCACCGAAGGGAUGACCAGUACUAAAUUCAACAUUCAACAUUCGCAGUCUCAAAGAAAGUCGUCUCCUGCACCUGCUGUGAAAAAUGAAGUUGUUCCACGGCCUUCAUGCCAGGCUGUUGCCAAGUCUGUAUCUACUGUUCCUGGUGUGACUAAAAAGGAGCCAGGGAACUCCAUGGAUGGAUAUCUGAGCGGUGGGGCGAUGGAGGGACUUCUGAACAUGGAGAUGACUUUGACAAGGAUAUCAAAGAAGGAGCACAGCAAAACUCCCUGUUCUUCCAGCUCUCCCUCCUCUCUGUCUCCUUUACCAUCCUCCUCGUCCUCCCUUCCCUUCCAAAUAUACGGAAAGCUACCUAAACAAGGUGGAAGUAGUGGAGUAGUAAGCUACACAGCUAAUGUGUCAAUGAUGGAUAAUGGUGGUUUCUCCAGGGGUAUGGCUGACGGUGUACUCCAGCUGCGCCCCCGCUUGGCCUCCAGCCAUACUACGCUCAGCAUCCAGGCCUUUACAGACAGUACAGCUGAGGAAGUGGCACUCAAGUGCUCGUGUCGCCUCAAAGCCAUGAUCAUGUGCCAAGGCUGUGGUGCCUUUUGCCAUGACGAUUGCAUUGGACCUUCCAAACUCUGUGUUUCAUGCUUGGUGGUCAGAUAGUGUGUUCUAGUCUCUGUGCACCGUAGAAGUGCAGUGGGUAAAGUACCAGCACCAUGAUUGGGCAGCUUCAGUGUACAGCAGCCUAAGGCUAGAGAACACAGGCCAAUCCUGACUGGCAUAGUGUCUUGUAAAAUACGUUUCUGUUGUUGUUGCUGCAGAGUUUGUGGUUUUUUUUUCUAGCUGUAUUGAUUACUACUAUUAUUAUUGUUAUUAUUAUUGUUAUUAUUAUUAUUGUUGUUGUGAAUCUGGGGCAUGCUUAACUGUAAAUUUUGCCAUUUACCUCAUCUUGUCUUGCUCCACUUUGCAUCAUUUGGAGGUCACUAUUGUUUUGAUUUCUUAUUUGCUCUGCAAAUAGGGACUUUGACUGUAUGUCCAAAGAAAUAUUUUUUUAUCCAUUAAAACAAGUAAAUAAAA